AUGCCCACCAAGCCAAAGCUCACCCCUCUGUGCCAUAACCCUGCCUGUAUGAGAAUUGGUUCAAACGCUGACGGGGAACCACUUCUCAAAUGUAGUGGAUGUAAAAAUGUAUUCUACUGCAACCGGGAAUGUCAAGCUUCGGCCUGGAAAGAUCACAAAAAGCAUUGCGGUCCUCGGCCAAAUGCCAUGUCCAAAAAGGAGGAAAAGGCCCAGCUCAAGGAAUCACAAUCUCUCCUCGAGUUCUACAAGUUGCACAAGGACACGAUAGCGUCCUGCACACUUGGCGCCUUUUGCAUUACCCUUGAUCGGCCUACCACUCGAAACCUCCGAGAAAUGCUCGUCAUUCAAGUUGUACCAAACCCGGCGUCCACACGCCCUGAGACGGCUUUUCGAGUAACAGAUGCAAAGAUCAUGUCGCUGGAUUCACCAGAAACCAUCGAACACUUUGGUCAAAGCCAGUGCGAGCAUUUUCGGAAGUACCUGGUAGAGGUUGCAAAGAUGAAUGAACGGGUAGGCAAUAUUGGCGGUUUCAUGGUAGUCUUGGAGACGAACUCUAUCAAAUAUUAUGAGCCCGUCUCCUUCAAACGACCGCCAGUGUUGUUGCCAUCUUCGAACCCGGAUGACAUUCCUCUGCGUUUAACUUGGAGGCAGAGCUUGAUACGAACUUUGAACAGCGGUAGAAUUGAUUUUUGA